AUGUCCGGAGAGAGAAACCGCAGGACGCUUGCUUUCCGAGGAGGUGGAUUGGCUGCAGCGGGUUCCAGCGGUAACGGUGGGGGUAAGACAAACAGCUGUGAGGCCUGGGCCUGUCAAGAACAACAUUUGAACGGUAACAAGCCCGAUCAAGAGGGGGACCGGGACCUGGAAGCGAAAGGACCAUCGCAGGGAACAGUGGACGGCACCGGAUCUGUCAGCGAUAGCACUGAACCCGAGGUGGAGGAAGAAGAGGACCCGGAAGGGGGUAGCUGGGCAGCCGACGAGAGUGACGACCGCGUCGGCUCUGUGGAAGGGGAAAACGACUCGACGGAGCGAAGCAGCGGGUCCGCAGAGAACUGUCCGGGGAACAAUUUAGACGGUGUGUCGGCGGGGAGCGGAGGGACGGGACCCGAGGAUAACAGAGUCGAGGCAGGCUCCCGGAAAUCCUGGCUAAAGAUGAGACCUCAAAAGCAACUUCAGAAACAUUCUCUAUUUCACGCGUCGUGGUUGCAAGAGUUUCCAUGGCUCAAAUUUUGCCAAGAAAGGGGACUCAUGUCUUGCUCUUGGUGUCACAACAUUGCCACCAAGAACAGCGACGAGCUUGUGAAAGGCAGUCGGAACUAUAAGCGGGCCUUGCUGCUGAGGCAUCACCUGUCUUCUGAACACGGGAGGAACGACCCGACCAAGCAGGACUCAGAAAGGACCUCCGAAAAUUCCAGCCCCUGCAACAUCCCCCCGGAGGAGGACUAUCGCAACAAGCCCAACGAGAACUCCUACUGCUACCAGCUGCUGCAGGAGCUGGACAAGCAGCGCAGGGGCGGCGUCCUCUGUGACGUCAACAUCGUGGUGUGCGGCCAGGUGUUCCGCGCGCACAAGAACAUCCUGGUGGCCGGCAGCCGCUACUUCAAGACCCUCUACUGUCUGUCCAAGGGCGACGGCCAGGACCAAGGCACGGUCACGCACCUGGACGUCGCCGCCGUGCAGGGCUUCUCGGUCCUCCUCGACUUCCUCUACUCCGGGAACCUGCUGCUGACCAGCCAGAACGUCAUCGAGGUGAUGUCGGUGGCCAGCUACCUGCAGAUGACGGAGGUGGUGCGGACGUGCCGCGCGUUCAUCAAAGACGCCCUGAACAUCAGCAUCAAGCAGGAGGUCCCCGACGCCGUGGUGGUGGACUACAACAAGCGGCGGACGGUCACCACCGACGGCCACCCGCUGGACCGCAAGCCCAGCAACUUCUGGGCCACCAACAUCCUGUCCAAGCUCUCCAUCAAGGCCAGCUGCACAAGCGGCGGCGGCGGCGGCAGCAACGGCACCGGCGGCCCGGCCAAAGAGGCGUCCGAGGCGGUGAAGGAGGAGGUCAGCGACGUGGAGCUGUCGGCGGCCGGCGGCGAGGGCUGUGCCCUGGGGGCCUCCGGCGCGUCCGGGGGCUGGGGCCGCCACAACGACAGCUCCCCCUACUCUGCGGACGCCAGCGAGACGCAGGGCCACGACGGCCAGGGGCAGGUGUUCGUCUGGAACGAGCCGGCCACGGGCGGCGCUGCGGCCGCGCCCGCCGCAGCCAUAAAGCGCGAGGCGGCGGGGAGCGGCCGCAGGAAAAAGCAGGCGACCACCCGGCGAUUCGUGUACAACGUCCAGCCUGAGCCGGAGGAGGGCUUCGACGAGGGCAUGUUCAUCCAGCCCUCGGCCUCCUACCCCCGGGAGGACUUCUCCUACCUCUCGGAAAACGCAGAGCUGGCCAAUCAGAUCCAGUACAGCGAUCUCCAAGACUCGCAGCAGGGGGAGUCCUGGGAGAACGGUGAGUCCUCGGACCUGGCCCUCAACAAGCUCAAGUGUCCUCACUGUAACUACAUCGCCAAGCACCGGCGCACGCUCAAGAGGCACCUGAUCAUCCACUCCGGCGUGCGCUCCUUCAGCUGCGACAUCUGCGGCAAGCUGUUCACACGGCGCGAGCACGUCAAGAGACAUUCCCUGGUGCACAAGAAAGACAAGAAGUACAAGUGCAUGGUGUGCAAGAAGAUCUUCAUGCUGGCGGCCAGUGUGGGCAUCCGCCACGGCUCGCGGCGCUACGGCGUGUGCGUGGACUGCGCCGACUCCCACCAGGCCUCCCAGGGCGGCCUGGAGGGCCUGGACCCAAUGGAGUUCGCCCGCGACGACGACGACUUUGACGGCGAGGAGGGCGAGGAGGGAGAAGAGGCGGACGACGCGGCCGACAUCGACCAAUCAAACUGGGGCGAGGCCGCCGCCCCCCCGGACGACUGAAGUUUGUGGUUCUUCCGACGUUUUUCUUUGUUUUAGUUUUUUGUUUUCGAAGCAAGCUUAAGAAAUUAAAUGAGAGUUUUAAGAUAAUUUUUAUUUAAUGUUUUAAUAUAUAUUAGAGGACGAGUAAAUACAACUUAAAACUCUAGCUGGUAAACAAUCAACUACUCCAAAGUGCUAUCCAACCGCAAGGUUACGUAACGCGUUUAUGACAAAGAAAAGGCGACUACAGAAGCUUUGGUUUAACAGAGGGUUCCUCAAAGAUGUACACAUUUUAUAAUCCUUUGAAUAUGUGCUCAGUAGAGUUUUUUUUAACGAGGCCCUAAUACGAAAAAUCAGGUUCUUUCUUGGUGAUACGUGUUUUUUUUGUUUUUAGUCUUUUCCUGUUUUAUCCGGGUUAGAGGGUGGGUGAUAGGGUGUACAUAGUGUUAAGUCAUGAUCGGCCAAUCAUUGCGAGCGAGAGAGAGAACGAGGGAAAGAAAAACUAGUUAAUUAUUUAAUUUAUGAAGAGGUUGUAAUGGUCUUAUUUGAAAUGCUCGAAUUGUGAGUCGUGUCGUCUGCUUCUGCUAGCAGAGAGGCGGUCGUCUGUGUUCUGUUCAGCAUGUGCGCGCAUCGCUAGCCGCGAGUGUUUAGCGCACGCCGGCGCCUGAAAUAAUUAGCAGACAGGAAGAUUUAUUAACUUUGCUAUGUAGAUUGACUCGUUUUAGACGCGCUAAGGUUGUCGUCAACGUCGUUGUUGUUGUUAUUAUUAUUAAUAUUGUUAUUUUUCUUUCUUUCUUACCUGCACAAUCUUGGAACCAAAUAUCUGUUUUGUGACGCUAAUGUAUCACAGCCAUAUUUAUGAUUAAUUUAAGAGGGCUGUGCUAUUGUGCCAAGCAGACCGCACACCAAGAUAUCGCAGGAAACCUAGAACUACUGAAACACGCUUAAAAAAGAGAAGAGGAUGGUGCAAGACUGUUUUUUUAAGCUGAGGGGGGGGUGGGGGUGGGGGGGGUUGGGGCGUGAGAAGAGAUGCAAAAAGAAAAUGAAAGUACAAGGGGAAAAUGUUAUUGCUAGCUUUAUACAAAUCACAGCGUCACAGUAACACUUUAUUAUAUUUAAAAAAAAUAAAGCAUUUUGACUUUCACUUAAAGCUUGAAUUUUGCCAAAUGACGAAAAAAACGUUUGGUGCUGUAACGCUUUGUCGCAAAAUACUGGACCUACAGGCUGUAUAUGAUAAUAAUCAUAACGCUUAAACUGACUCAGUUAUAUAUAUAUAUAUAUAGAUCUACGUGUAAUCAGCUUAAACUAUAGAACACUGUUUUGCUACGGCGACUAUCAGGUAUGCUUUGCCAUCGAUUCUUUUUCUACAAAAAAAAGCUUUCAUUUAAUGCACACGCAUACCAUUUUGUAAAACCUCGGGCAGUAAGUUGUCAUGGACCUAAGCGGACCGCUCUACCUGAUACAUGGUUGUCUAUUGGGUACUGAGCUAUGGUUAAAACGUUCCCCAACACUUAACGGAUCGGACCAACAAGCCGUUCACAAAACCAAGUUCAAAUCCUUUUUUCUUUUUUUUCGUUCGUUAUGUUUAUUUUUUAACUUUUUAUCAAUUGUUGAAUUGAAUUGGGCUAGAAAUGUUUUUCGUUUUCUUUUUCGUUUUUGUUUAGCUCUGCCAGGCAGAAAAACACUUUGUUCCGCAUAAAGUGAAGCUCUAUGGCCCCUCAUAGACAUGCACUUAACUUUUUUGCGUUCAUGAAAAUCAUUUGUUUUUAUGUUCUUGAGUCUCUUUUGCUUUCGCUGAAGCAGGUCUGAAUGGAACUAUAUAUAUUUAAAUGGAUAUAUAUAUACAAACUGUUGCGCUCUUCCUCCAAUGCGCAACUUUAGUUUUUUUAUUACACUUUUUGUUUUGUUAUUUAAUAUUAUAUAUAUAUAUAUAAAUGUGUUGACUCCAAAAUGCAAUCAAGACUGUUAAUUUCUAUUUGUCCAACCAAAAUUGUUUUUUUUUUGUAAUUAUUGUUGAAAUGUAUGAGAAAAGCCAGCUGACAACUUUUAUAGCGUAGAGGACCCUUGCUUGUGUCUGUAAUUGUUGAGAUUUGUUUUCCUGUUUUUAUGCUACAGAAUCAUUCACUUUACCCUCGAUGCGUAUAUCGCUUUUUGUCCUUUCUACAGAUGUGUUCUGUCUCUUUUUAUUCAUUAAGCACAUAUUUUCUAAAGAACACACAGAUUGUUUGCGGGUUGAGACCUCGGAUGGCCAUUUAUGUCUGUUUCUGCAGUGGAUUAUAUGUGAUGAAGUGCUACUGACGCACGGUGUGUGGCUUCACUCGAUUGCUCUAUUGAAAGAUGUAUUUUAUUAAAGCAUAGAGAUCGCUUCCUCUAGUACAUUGACCCCUAAAGAAAUCACAGGGUGGAGUUAUAUAAUGGAUAUAUAUAAAUGAAUAUAUAUAUGUAUACAUAUAAAGAGAGAUUAUAAAAGCAGAAGGUAUAUAUAAAUAAGAUAUUUAACUAGUGUGUUUCCUCUAUGGGACAGGUUCACAGUUAGCUCUCCACACCCCUGAGGUGGUUGUUCCGUGAUCUUUGACCUUUCCGCUUUGUUGUCACUUGUGUGCUUGUCAUACCAUACCAUGCCAUCCGGUUAUCCAAAUUUUGUUUUUGUUUUUAUAUAUAAAUAUAUAUACACACACCAUCCUACUGAUUUUACUGUAACGGAUGAAAGCUAAGAAAAGACCCUUGAUGUUAUUGUUUUUAGACUUUUUAUGCUGUAUUUGUUAAAAGGACACAAAACACAAAAUACAAACAAACACUACAGAUAUAAAGAGGUUUUUUUCCCGGCUGUAUUUUUUUACGCUGUCGCAAAAAACAAAGGUUGUAUUUUUCAAUUUCUCGCGAACUUUCGCGGUGAUGCAAGACCCCGGGCCACACCUCAGUCCCUUCCGAACACAAAGCAACAAUUCAGGUUACUCUUUUUACGUUUUUAUCAAAGGUUUUCGAAGAUAUGGAACUAGCCUACAUUCUCCUUUUUUCUGUCUCAAUUGUACUACUGUUCCUCUCUAUACUACAUUUUAAGAAUAAAACUUUGAUAUUGCUUUAA